CGAACGAACGGACGGACGGACGGACGGACGGACGGACAGACAGAUGGAGAAAAAAACAAAAAGAGAGAAAGAUCAUGUUUAUUAUCGUCAUCGUUGGCGUCGACUUUAGUCGACUUCAUUAUUAUUGCUAUAUUAUUACCGCUAUUACUAAUUUUUAAAACGAAUCAUGCGCUGUAAAAUGUUUGUUAAGUUUUUGACCUUGCUUAUGUAUUUUAAGUAUAUUUAAUAUGCCACGUUGUAAUCACGAUGAAAUCUUGUCUAAUGAAACGGAUAAAAGUGGAAUAUAAAAAUUGGAAUACUAGUUUGAUAAGUAACCCAAUCACGGCCUCUCCCCCUCUCCUAAAUAAAUUCGUCGAAUUCGUUUUCACGGUAGUAAACGAACGAAAUUUGUAUUUAAAUUCAGUUGCCAUUUGGUCGGAAUAUUAGACAAAUAUUUGGUCAGCAAGCAUCUAUAAUAAGAAAUGAUCAGAUGAUAUCAAUAUGUGAAUCUGUCAUUAUUAUAAAUACUGACCAAAUAAAUAAAAAAUAUGAAAUUUUUGUAGGGAGGAAUUUUGAAUCGCUUGGCAUUAAAAUAAAAAUACGUUUAGCGCAAGUCCUUAUAUAUAAUACACAUUAGUAGACGAAUAGGAAACAAUUCGGCGGGAAAUAUUUGAAAUGGGAAAAGUCACGUGAGGGGGUGACGUAAUUGCGCAUUACAGGUUGCGCGGUAGAUGAACACGCGAGGAGCGAGCACUGGCACAGGCAAGCAAAAGCAAGUAAGCGCACAAGGCAUCCCUUCGUGGUUGUGUUGUGUUGUGUUGUGUGGCUGAAAACUCGUCGGUCUGCAUUCCAGUGUCGCGGAGGUUGCGCCGGACGCCGAGCCAAAGUCGCGGUGAACGAGUCGCUAAGACACGAGUUACAGAAAGAGAGAAAGAGAAAUCCUUCGUCUCGCGUCCCUUUCUAUCUAUUAUCCCAUCCCGUACCCUUGUUUUCCUUCCCCUAUAUAUCUAUUUUCAUUAAUAGUGUGCCGAUCGUAUUUGAAGUAUCAUCCGGAAGAAAGAUGAAGUGAAACGUAAAAUACCGGCCGCCGCCGCCGCCGCUGCCGCCGUCGUCGUCGUCGUUCCUCUUCCUCCUCCUCCACCAUCUCCAUAGUUAUUCGUAAACGGAGGGGAAAGAAGAGUAGCAUAAUCUCUUAGUAUUGAAAAAACAAAGAGAGAAAGUGUGAAGGAUUUAACGCGCGAACGAGACACUGAGUAAAAUAGGAUUCAAAAGGCUUCUCGUCGUCGGGUAUAAUUUCUAACCUAGAUAACUGAUGAAAACUCACAAUCAGUAAGGUUGCACAAGAGAUGCAUUCGAUCGUUCCUUCUUUUAAAAAGAUAAGAUGCGAGGAAGUUUGGAGGGAAGGAAGAUUAAGAGGGAACACAGAAUGCAUCAAGAUGGGAUCCGUCUUUACCCUACGUGGCAUCGUCGUCACCGUUCUUCUCUAUGCCUUGUUGCACCUUGCAAACGGGCAGAGGCCGGACCUUGGCAUGUCCUUCAAUUGGCAUCCAAAACCUUUGGCCGCGCCGUUGGGGGAUGACGUGAAUUUCGAGUGCAGCCUCGGUCUCGCACCAGAAAAAUUUCAAUGGCGGCACAGGGCUCUCGGCUCGGACAAGUGGACGCCCUUAACACGUACGGACAACGUUAGUGGUGCUGGAGUCAGGUCUUCUGUCGUUGUCAGUUUCGAUGAUAAGUCAAAGGCUGGGGACUAUCGCUGCGUAGCUUUUUAUGGCUCCAGAGGAUUGGCGUCCGAUCCAGCAAGACUGACUUUGGCGACCAUGCACGAGUUCUCCGACAAGAGCGACAUCGUAUUAAGCGUAGCAGUUGGUAAUACCGUUCCUAUAACAUGUCCAGUGCCUUACUCCGUCCCGGAGGCAGUAGUACAAUUUUAUAAAAAUGACAAAUUAAUUGAAGGAGUUGAAUUGAUAAACGGUCGGACGAUAGCCAUAGAAAAUUGUAAAUCCUCCGAUUCGGCGUAUUAUUAUUGUACCGCGAAUAAUUAUAUAACGUCUCAGACUUGGAGGAGCAAUCAUAUGACCAUCUUAAACGUUCACUCAAACGUAUCUCAGCAAGCGCCGCCGUACUUCUUGAAACAGUCCCAAACCGAGUACACCGUUUUACGCGGUAAAAACGUUACCAUGGAGUGUUUUGCCGCUGGUUAUCCAGUGCCUCGUGUUACUUGGACCAGAUUAGGUGGUACCUUGCCUUCAAGAUCGAUACAAACGAAAGCUGGAUUAACGAUAAUUAACGUCCAACCUUCCGAUCGUGGGGAAUACGAUUGUGCUUGGAGUAAUGGUGUAUCGAGUCAACCACUCAAAUCUGUGAUCAUUUUGAAAGUUGCCGAGGAACCAAAAAUCAUCAAAUCGCCCAAAGCUUUGACCUUUUCCGAAGGAGGGGAGUUGGAAUUUUCCUGUAGUGUUACAGGUCAACCCGAACCAAGCAUCGAGUGGUUAAUAAACGGUGAAACUUUGUUGCCCGAUAAUAACUUGGAAAUUCGUGGCUCAACUUUAAUCAUAUCGGAAGUCGAGAAGAAACACGCUGGUAUUGUUCAGUGCGUUGCCAGUAACGAGUACGGUUCCGAUUCCGGUUACAACUUGUUGAUGGUCAAUCCAAAACAGCACGUAAGCGGUGGAACCGAGUCUAGACCGGAAUACGGUCUUCCUGGAUCUUCUCGGCACAAACAUACCAGGGGAGGAGGUAGAAGAAGAAACAAGGAAGACAAACGUAAAGGCACUGCCGUAUUAGUUCCGCCUAAUCAGCCAAACGUUACCAGACUCUCGGACGUCUCCGUAAUGGUUAGAUGGUCCGUACCAGAGAAUAAGGGUCUUCCAAUAGAAUUUUUUAAAGUUCAAUAUCGUCAACUUGGCCCAAGGAUAAACGGUAAACCCGGCGGCAAGUGGAUGACGGCAAAUACAGAGAUUCCUAACCAUGUGCGUUCCUUCGAAGUUACGGAUUUGCAGCCGGACAAUACCUAUCGAUUUAGAAUCGCUGCCGUUUAUUCGAACAAUGACAACAAAUUGAGCCCGAAUUCGGUGCGUUUUCAUUUAAAUCGCAACGGUGGUUUCGAAAGCAAUACGAUGCCGAUCCCCUUGUUGACUAAUACCGAAGCCUUGAGUUACAACGAAGUAUUACUAAUUUGGCAAAAUCUUAACAAAUCAGCCAAAAUCGAUGGAUUUUACGUUUAUCAUCGUGCCUCGAGCUCAGCCGGAGAAUACGUCAAGACUACGGUCGAGGGCAAAAAUUCAACAAACAUUACGAUAUCUCAUUUACAACCGGACACCACUUACGAAUUUAAAGUACAAAGCUUCUCCGUAGACGCUGCUUCGGAAUUUUCUCAAAUUCUUCGACAAAAGACGAAAAAAAGUCCGGCAAAAGAAGAGAACAAAAAUUCUUUUAACGAGCAAGUAGUCGCUGAGAACAAGUUAAAGCCAACGGACAGCGAUCGUCGGAACGACGACAACACCUAUGCGAUUAUUGCUUCCGCCUGCGGUGCAUCCGUUCUCUUGGUCAUCAUAGUGCUUUUGGCGCUUUUUUACAAGAGGUCCAAGAACAAGCAGAGUCGCGAAUCUUCUCAAAGCGAGUGCGGAAAGCCAAUAGCAAAUGGAAGAGUAACCAACGGAGCUGUCACCGAUUCUAAAAUUAACAUAACGUCGAAUCCAUUGGCAGGUCUCGACGCUUCUGACGACACGAUCCAACCUAAGAGCGGACAGCAAUCGUCGAUGGAAAUGACCUCCUUUCUAAAUGGGCAAAACAACAACGGCAACGGCAACGGCAACGGCAACGGCAACGGCAACGGCGACGGCAACGGUAGCGACCACAACAACGAGGACUCCGUUGGAAUCGACGUGAAUGUUCCCCGUAGUAACGAGCCAGCAGUACCCCCGCAUCAAGGAUCAUCACCACCUAACGAUCAACCACUUUGAAUGACACAUUAGAAAACGUCUUCAUUAUCAAAUGUCGCUUUAUAGUUAUAUACACCCCCAUACACACGAGUUCACGUUGACUUUAAGAUAAUAGGCAGCUUUUUACGGAUAUGUCCGAUUCUUCCAUAAAAAUCGUAUUUGAUGUUUUUUUUUUAUUUUUUUUUUUUAUUUUUUUUUUUUUUUAUAAUACGA